CUGAACCUCCUGGUAGGUCUGCAGCUGCUCCACCCUCUCUGCAUGUUCAGAUGAUGGAUUGAUCAGAGCUGCUGGACUGGCUUAUCUAGAGCUUCUGGCUUCAACAUGAGGUCUGCUGCUCUGUUCCUGCUGAUGCUCUGCCGCUCCGUCGGUGAAGGCCGAGCGGAGGUCUCUGUUCCUGCAGACGGUGGCACCAGGACCGAAGCGCGUCCCCCCAGGGACCUGAGCGUCCUCUGGGAAGAGGUGCAGGGCCUGAAGCAGCUGGUCCUCAGUCUGAAGGGGGACCAAGUGGAUCAACGACAAGAACUCCGGACUGUGGAGAGUCGGGUGAGGGACGGGGAGAUGGAGGCAGAGCUGAAGAAGCAGAGCAUGGAUGAGCUGAAGAUGGCGCUAGACCUCCUGCUGACAGAGCAGAGCUCUGGUCUGAGGAAGAAGAUGGAGGAGCUGGAAGAGAAGACCAAAGCUGAGAUAUCAGAGCUUCAGGCCAGAAUAAGCAGCAGUGAGAACUCAGUGGAGAUCCUGAAGAAGAAGAACUCCGCUGCUGCAGCUGAGCUGCUGUUCCUGCAGACCAGACUGAGGGCCAGUGAGAGCAGCGUGGAGCAGCUGAGGAGGAAGGACACAGUUCUGACAGGCAGACUGUGCAACACGGAGCGUUUGAUGGAGGACCUGAUGGGGCAGAUCUCAGAAAUCCAGGCCUGCAACAUUUCAGCCGGGAUGGAUUCUGAAGCCCUGGUGCUGGAGAGUCACCUGGACGUCCACCUGGACACGCUGAAGGCUGACAUUGAAGCUCAGAUUCAUCAGCUGGAAAACAAACUGACUUCCAGUCACGUGUUCCUGGAAGGCCUGAGUGCUGCUGCUGAGCAUCGCCUGAACGAAGCUGAGAGACAACAGGAUGAACUCAGGAGCCACAACACAGAGUUGGAGAGCAGACUGAGAUCCAGAGAAAAACAGCUGGAAGAUCAGAAGACAUUAAACACAUCCAUGGAGACCAGACUGAGAUCUACUGAGGAACAACUGGACCAGUUAAAGAAUCAGUCUGCAGUUCUGGAGGUCAGACUGAGAGUCAGUGAGAGACGGCUGGAGGAGCAGGAAGCAGGAAGCUCAGCUGACGUCCCGGUCCGACUGAAAUCCACUGACGAUCAGCUGGUCCAGUUGAAGAACCACACAGCAGUUCUGGAGGUCAGACUGAGAGUCAGUGAGAAGAACCUGGAAGACCUGAAGACAGAAAACUCAGAGUUGGUGAGUAGACUGAGAACCAGAGAGACACAGCUGGAGGACCAGAAGACAACAAACAUAACCAUGGAGACCAGACUGAGGUCUACUGAGGAACAACUGGACCAGUUAAAGAAUCAGUCUGCAGUUCUGGAGGUCAGACUGAGAGUCAGUGAGAGACGGCUGGAGGAGCAGGAAACAGGAAGCUCAGAUUUGGAGAGCAGACUGAGAUCCAGAGAAAAACAGCUGGAAGAUCAGAAGACAACAAUCACAGAGAUGGAGGUUCGACUUGGAUCAACUGAGAGACAGCUGGAGAAUCACACAGCAGUUCAGUUCUCCCAGAUGGAGUCCAGACUAACUGAUGGAUUGAAUAGAACAACAGUCAUGGAGACCAGACUGAGGUCUACUGAGGAACAACUGGACCAGUUAAAGAAUCAGUCUGCAGUUCUGGAGGUCAGACUGAGAGUCAGUGAGAGACGGCUGGAGGAGCAGGAAACAGGAAGCUCAGCUCAGUUCUCCUGGAUGGAGUCCAGACUGACGGAUGAACAGCGCAGAACUGCAGAGUUUGAAACCCAGCUGUCAGCUGUGACUUUCAGACUGAACGUGACUAAAGAGCUUCUGGAUGAUCUGAAGAAACAAAGUCUAGCUGGAGCAGCUGACCUGGCUUCACUUUCAGAGAGACUGACUGCAGCUCAGGGGAACACAGAAGAUGAGGUGAAGGUGGCUUUUUCAGCCGGUCUGACUGAUUCAGGAAUAGUCGGUCCAUUUGAUGAAGAAACUACUCUGAUCUUCUCCAAAACCAUCACCAACGUUGGCUGGGGCUACAACAGCUCUGCAGGUGUUUUCACCGCUCCAGUCACGGGACUUUAUUUCUUCAGCUUCACGGCUGCAGAUUACUUGAAGGGUUACAUGGGCCUGUACCUGUACAGGAACGAGCAGCCAGUCACAUUCAGCCUGGACCUGAAUGACCAUGGAGGAUACGCCUCCAUGACCAGUGCAGUGGCUCUGCAGCUGGACCGGGGCGAUCGGGUUCGCCUCGCUCUGCCAGCCAGCUAUCGGCUCUAUGACGACUCCAGAAACUUCAGCGUGUUCUCAGGUUUCCUGCUGUUCCCGGUCUGACCCGGCUGCGUCAGGAGCAACAUGGAGUCUUCACUCAGACUGAAAUAAAAGUAGAUUUUUUUGGUCAGUGGAAAGGAUUCUGUGGUUCCAUUUUGAACAAACUCAACUCUAGCUAUCUUGAUUAGUAUAAGUACACAUUUCAUUCAGGUUGGGUAUGUGUAUUUUUUUGUGGUCUGUCUCUUGUCGAUGCUGUGUAUGUAAAUCAAUAGAAAAAUGAAGUUGU